AUAUGCUAAAUGUUGAAUCUGUCAUGGGUUUUAUAUCGGUUCGGUUAAAAUCAAAUCCCAUACUAAAACGCCGCGUUUCACAGAAACAGGCUUAUAAGCAUCGAAUUUAAUAAUGGGCCUAUUACGGCUUAAAUGGGCCCAUGAACUUUUUGUACGCCCUAUUGCUCUUACGCUCGUGCUCUCUCUCCUCUCUCUCUCUUCCGGAGAUCGCCUUCAUCGAUUGAUUCCACUUGAUAGUAGCAGAAGGAGCUGAAGCAGAAUGGGGAUCAUCGAAAGGAUUAAAGAAAUCGAGGCCGAGAUGGCCCGGACCCAGAAGAACAAAGCUACAGAGUAUCAUCUUGGUCAGCUCAAGGCAAAGAUUGCAAAGCUCAGGACACAACUUCUGGAGCCUCCAAAAGGUGCUAGUGGAGGCGGGGAAGGUUUUGAAGUUACCAAGUAUGGUCAUGGACGUGUUGCACUCAUAGGAUUUCCAAGUGUUGGAAAGUCCACGCUUUUGACAAUGUUGACUGGAACGCAUUCUGAAGCAGCCUCGUAUGAAUUUACAACACUUACAUGUAUCCCUGGAGUGAUUCACUACAACGACACGAAGAUUCAGCUUCUCGAUCUUCCUGGUAUUAUUGAAGGUGCUUCGGAAGGAAAGGGGCGAGGAAGGCAGGUUAUUGCUGUUGCAAAGUCUUCCGAUCUUGUAUUGAUGGUUCUUGAUGCCUCAAAGAGUGAAGGACACAGGCAAAUUCUGACUAAGGAACUUGAGGCAGUGGGCUUGCGGCUGAAUAAAAAGCCUCCACAGAUAUACUUUAAGAAGAAAAAGACUGGUGGAAUCUCUUUCAACACUACAGCACCCUUGACUCACAUUGAUGAGAAGCUCUGUUAUCAGAUCCUUCAUGAAUACAAAAUUCACAAUGCUGAGGUGCUAUUUCGUGAGAAUGCCACAGUGGAUGACUUCAUUGAUGUCAUUGAAGGAAAUCGCAAAUAUAUUAAGUGUGUGUAUGUCUACAACAAAAUUGAUGUUGUUGGAAUUGAUGAUGUGGAUAGACUUGCACGGCAGCCCAAUUCCAUCGUUAUUAGCUGCAAUCUAAAGCUAAACUUGGACAGACUACUUGCAAGGAUGUGGGACGAAAUGGGCCUUGUGAGAGUUUACUCGAAGCCUCAGGGCCAGCAACCAGAUUUUGAUGAGCCUUUUGUCCUCUCAUCUGAUCGAGGUGGCUGCACAGUUGAAGACUUCUGUAACCACGUCCACAGGACUUUGGUGAAGGAUAUGAAGUAUGCUCUUGUGUGGGGCACAAGCGCAAGACACAACCCUCAGAAUUGUGGUCUUUCUCAGCAUCUUGAAGACGAAGAUGUUGUUCAGGUUGUCAAGAAAAAGGAGAGAGACGAAGGAGGAAGAGGCCGUUUCAAGUCACACUCUAAUGCCCCUGCUAGAAUUGCAGACCGAGAGAAGAAAGCUCCUCUUAAGCAAUAAACUCAAAUGCUCAGUGAUCCCCAUACACACAUCUUCACCAUCGUUGUCAAGCUGAGUAUGAUUGUACUAUGUUGUAUCUGAAUCAUUUUUGCCUUCUCUCACAGUAUAAGUUUUCGAACCAUUUACUUUUUCAAGAAUACAAUUUCACAUUCACUCUUUUUCAUAAGUUAUAUUUUUGAUUUUGACAA